UCCUUUGCGGCCCACGCUGAGCUUACAGGGGUGAACAAAGGGUGAAAAGUGUACUUUCCAGCAAGUGGGCAGCAUUCAGUGCGAGUGAAAAUGGACCACCGUUGUUCAUGCUGUCCCUGUGCCGCCCACUAGUGUGUUCAAGGCAACUCCGUCCAAGGAGCUGCUGGUCCAAUAUUGGUGUGAAAGCACAUCCAAAGCGAGAGACGCACGCCUGGAUCGGAAAGACGUACGCACAAGAAAAGCAGCGUUCCAGUUUUUCUCCGUCCGAUUCGGUUUUAAAUCGAUCGCAACGAGCAACGCGAAACCCCCUUCCCCACAUCGCCCGGUUCUUCGUGUUGGUGAAGGGAGCAUGCAGCAGUGGCAGAUAAAUAAAAUUAUUUAUAAUUCAAAAUCACAGUGAACCACAUGCAAUAGUUAUGUAAAGUCGGGACAGAGGCAGUCCAGAAGGGGUGAAACAAGAAAAGGGCAUGAGCGAGCGAGAGCCCCCUUCGCCUGAGUGUGGAAAGUGCUAAGGGGGGGGAGUUUGCGAUGAGCGUGUAGCGCCGCCGCAGCGCAAAAGGAUAAUACAGUGAAGCAGUGAAGUGACCCACGGCGCUCGGGCUGGGGCGUGGUGCGGUGCGCGGUGUGUGUGUGUAACAGCGGAACCGAGGAUACGCGCGCGGUUCCAGCGGCACGGGGCCAUGCCAAGAACAAAGACACGCGCGUGCACACACACACACACGUAUACAAAUCCACUCACACAACAUCUGUGUUCCGGUGCUGGUGUGUUCGAUCGGUGUGCUAGCUCGGUGGUGUUUGAGUCCUUGCGCCGGAGUGGUCAGGGUGUAUUGUGGUGAGACGAGAAAUAAAAAAAAAGGAAGCUGAGAGGGGAAGACAAGAAGUGUGCAAAUGGCAAAGCAAUAAGCAGCCCAGCAGCCCAGCCAGAAGACUCUUGGACCCUUUUUGCACCGUUCCAUGCUGUGCGUGUCGUCCGUUAGCAAAGUGUGGCCCUGCUAGUAGUGUACACUACCGAUCCACUAACACCGAGAGCACCAGCAUACCAGCGAGAGUAUGUGCGUGCGUCAGGAUAAGAAUACAGUGUGGUAGUAGAUGGAUGUGGUGCCAACCAUCCUGGGACCGGUGGUGCUCGAGAACGUACAGCAGUGGUGGUGAGAGUGAGGGUGCAUUACUGCAACAAAAACAAAAAACAAACCCUUUCUGAAUCAACAACAGCCGAACGGACGAGUCGCCGAGGUCACACCGACAGACUACGCAACUCGGAAAACCGAAAGGAGGGUGGCCCACUGGUGGCGACAGGAAAAGUUUUUAGUUUGCACAUUUUUUCCGUUCGGUUCCGUUCUGUUCCAUUUUGGUUGCCUCUGUGUUGUGAGUGUUCCGUUUCGGUGUGGUGCGUUUCAAGUGCUUUAAAUUAGUUUUCUUCUUCUUCUUCUGUGUACGUGCGUUGUGAGUGUGAAUCCUGCUUUCCCCGUCCGCCGUACGGGCAAGGGAUAGCAACCGCACGCAACGACAAUUCUCCGUUGCGGAGCGUAACGGAACGCACAUGCCAUCGUCCGGCGCGACAUCUAGGAAUCGUAAGUCUGUCCGGUCGCGCGGGUGCAAUAAACACGGCACCGCACGAUACUUCUGAGAAAUGUUCGCGUGAGCCCGGGACAAGCGUUCGGCAAACACACGGAAAGGAAAGGGAAGCUCCGAGCGAUUUUGCCACGACAAGGUACACGGCCCGCGCGCCUUGCUGGUUCUGGGCCGACCAUGGAAGAAUAAUGGAUGCUCCGUAGGUUGCAGCUGAUGAGCCAAUAGCAAGUAGCAGUGUUGUGUUGUCGUGUUGGCGUGUCCUUGCACGGGACAGCCCCGUACAGAGAGAGAGAGAGUGAGAGAGUUUAGCAGGAGGCAGAGUCAGCACUUGCUCUCGCUUCCUUGCCGAUCGUCGAGUUCGGUUUGUUUGGCGCAUACGGCGCUGCUGGUUCGAGCGCACUAACCGGCACCUCAGCUCAUACACACACACACACACGCACAAAAAGACCUGCUUAACGGGGGCCAUUAGCGCAUUAGCUCCCCUUCGUCGCCCCUCGCCAAACCAGCCCGAAACGGCACCAAACAGUAGCAGCCGGUCCCGCAACCAGCAGCUAUGGAUGAGGAAAUCGUCCCGCGCACAUUCCGCGAAAAGGCACUGUUCUACACUACCGCCUUCUUUAUCCUGCUUGGCACGUUCAGCCUGUUCGCUUUCCUCUUCCUGGUGCCGUUCGUGAUCGAGCCCGCGUUCCAGACGAUCUUCAUGCAGUUCGACGAGUCGCCGGCCCUGUGCGUGACCGCCUACAAUGAGCAUCUGUACGGGGCGAAGAACUGCUCCUGGGCGUCGUGUCGCGAAGGCUGCACCAAGGACAUCUACGAGUGCCAGCAGAUACGCGUCAAUUACAAGACGGCCGCCCAGCUAGCGGCGGCCGCCGCCAGGGAGGCAGCCGGCGGUGACACGGCCAGCUCAACGCCGGCACCAUCGUCGGCGGCGGCGGCGGGCACGAGCGCUUCAACAAACCCCACGGGUGAUAGUAGCAUUAGUCGGGAGGAGAAUAGUAGAGAUAAUAGUAUAGCUAGUAGUUCCAAUAGCGUAGCCAAGCCGGGCGGCGGCGCAGCAGUAGCCAACCGAUCAGCACGUCCGACGGUGGUGGUGGCGCGUCCCGGGCGCUGGCCGGUAGCAAUAGCCGGUACGGCAGUGCGCUGAACCGGUUCGAGCGGGCGAUCCGAGCCGACUACGACUACGGCGACGCGCUGCUGGAGGGCGGCAACGGGCUGGGCGGCGGGUACGGCGACUCGAAGCACGGCU